AUGAAUUUGAGGAAACAAAUAACUCAAUUUUUAGCAUUUGCAUAUAUUUUCACUGGAGCUUAUAUGACAUGGAGAGCUUUAGGAAUCAUUGCUAAUACUCAUUCACCUAUAGUUGUAGUAUUAACAGGAUCAAUGGAACCUGCUUUCCAAAGAGGUGAUGUGUUAUUUUUAUGGAAUCGUCAUAAAAUAAAUAAUGUUGGAGAUGUAGUUGUUUAUGAAACUUCCACUAAAGAUAUACCAAUUGUUCAUAGAGUUUUAAGAGAACAUCAUAAUCCUAAUAAACAAUAUGUAUUAACUAAAGGGGAUAAUAAUUUGGUGGAUGAUUUGAGUUUAUAUGGAAGAAAGAAGAAUUAUUUAACUCAAGAUGAUAUAAUUGGAACUGUUUAUGGAUAUGUGCCAAAAGUUGGAUACAUCACUAUUUUAUUGACUGAGAACCAAUAUUUCAGAUUUGGGAUUUUUGGUUUGAUGGCUUUAUCGAGUUUGUUUCAAUCUGAAUAG